AUGAGCGCCGGGGGGCUGGGCCUCGACUCGCUCGAGAUCGACGACGCCCUCGGCGUGGAGCAGCGGCCUCUGUUGCGCGCAGCGGAAGGCGCCCCUCUGGCGAGCGCGCCUGCAUCGCUGCCGGGAGCCGGCGCCGCCCAAGCGGUGCUGCGGCCGCCGCCGGCGGGCCAGGGCGCCGGCGCGCGGGAGCCCCUGCUCGAGAUAGACGAGGAGGCCCUGGGCAUAGCCCCGGGCGCGCCGGCGGCCGGCAGCGGCGCCGCCCCGGCGGCGGGCCUCGGAGGCUCCCGCGGGCGCGGCUCGGAGGCCCUCCGCGCCGCCUGUCCUCCGCCCACGGCCGCGCCUGCGGCCGCGCCG